UGCGCUGGCCUUAAUCUUAACCGCGAAGAUAAACAGCGCCUGAAAGACUUCUAGACCGUUAUCACUCACGCCGCCUGCCUCACGUUCACAGCACUAUUGACACAGAUUGCUUCACAAUCUCGCCUGCGACGGACGUGUUCUCUUAUUACCAAGACACAGAGUUCAAAAUAACGUCAAAACAACGCUGGAACAAGAGAAUCCUUUAACUCUAGAUAGCGACGAGCGGUUUAGAAUUUAUUUCCUGCUGAUUAGAGCUUGUUUUCCAGUGUAAAUAAGAAGCUAUUCAGUAUCGUUGGAAUUAAAGCCUUAGUGCACUGACUUUAAGUCGUUAUUCGUUUGUAGAUGAUAGGUAAAUAGUGCUGUGAAUAUUGCUAUAAAAGUAGUGAAUGGAAAGAGAUACCUCUUUUUGUUAUUUUAUAGAUAAGUGCUGUGAUAUUAUUUAAAAUGGUGUAUACAAUAGGAAGUCAUAGUGUGGAAAUAAAUAAGGAUGUUAGCAAAGGAAGUGUUUGGAAAGAACUACUGUUUGCUUUUAUAGCCAGCAUUCCCUUCUUCACACAAGGAAUCGAAACUGACGCGCUAACAUCGACCGUGCACGCUGGCAACUUCGGGUCCCAAGCGCCUGGCGCCCACGUGCCCGGCACCCAGGUGACAUGGGGGACCACGGCGCACGUGCUGGCGGCUGCGGCGGCGGCACCGGUGCUGUGUUGCGUGAUAGAGAGGUUUGGGCGGAAAGUCGGGAUAUUCAUCGUCAGUUUAGUGCAAGGGGUAUCCUGCAUACCCCUUCUUCUGGACGUCAACGAACUCAACAUCAUAGCUCUACACAUACUGGCUGGCAUAUCAUCAGGUGGCUUGUAUACCAUCUUCCCGAUAUACAUUCGUGAGAUCAGUUCCAUACAAAACAGAGGGUUUGCUCUCUCUCUGUUCAUACCAAUGACGGCAGCAGGGUAUCUGAUGAGACUGGUUACAGAUUUAGACGCGCUGAUGUUCUUGAUGGUGGCUCUUGUAUUAUUUCAAAUGAUCACGGUGUUCUGUCUGGUGGAAUCCCCGAGUUACUUGGUCAUGAAAGGGAAUCAUGAGCGAGCAAAACUAACAGUGUCUAGAUUGAAAUGCCUGUCGCCUGAACAUCCGACCGUGAUACAAGAAGUCGCCAGCUUGAAGGACGAAAGUGACAGAGCGAGAGCUGCGGGAAAAUUGCAAACGAUAACAAUAAUUAAAAACCCGAUAUGGCGCGACGCCACCAAAAUCGGCCUGGUCCUCCACAGCACCAUGAUCCUGAGUGGCAGUGUCAUCUUCUUGGACCAGCACAGGACUCUGGUUCAGCUGGGGUCGCCGGCAGACCCUGACAGGGUGCUCACGCUCGCUUGCUUCUGCGCUGGCAGUUUGCUAUGUACAGCCGUCAUACGAGUUAUGGAAAGAAAUUACCUCCUAACCAGCGCAUUCUUCGUGAUGGCCGUGUCAAUGGGCAUACUGGCGGUGUACACGCAGGCCGACCUGACGGUGUACACGUUCCGUUGGGUACCCGUGGCCGCUCUCGGCGUACUCUUAGCAGCGUACGGCGUGGUUUGGGGGCUACCCGUGCUGGUGAUAACGGAGCUGUUUAACUGUGAGAUCCGAUCGCACCAGCUAGCCCUCCUCUACGUGUACUCACAGCUCAUAAAACUGGCGCACGUGUACUCCUUCCCCCACAUUGAGGCAUACAUGGGCGUGUACACCAUGUUCUAUAUGUUCGUCGGCGUCAACCUGUUCGGGGCAGUGUACUGUUUGUUCCAUAUACCGCAGCUUAAGAACAAGACAAAUAGACAGAUCGAAAGGCAACUGAAGAGAGUACCGCUUUUGAAGAUGUAAACUAGUAAUAUGCGAAUCUGAUUUGUACAGUGGUGUUAAGGUGAUGGAUGGCAACUGCAGCUGCAUUACUGUUGAAACAUUACUGCCACGGCGAUAACGUUGUAUCUGUCAAUGUCCUCGAUAAAAUUAGUGACGGAUUUCACGUCAUAGUCGCGGCAGUAAUGCGGCGGCGAACGUCAAGAAAACUCACAUAUAUAGCGGCCGUUUUCACGCCACAGCAGUGAUGCUGCCACAGUAAUGCAGCUACAGUUACCAUCCAAAUUUCACCAUAAGGGUAACAUUCCAUUUCUGAUCGCAGCUGCACUACUAGUACGAAACGCGUCGGUGUUAUUGUCAAUUUCCAUAGUAAAGUGAAUGGUAGUGCUGCUGUCGUUGGAAAUGGACUGACACCUUUACUGCAGCGUUGCAGGUGUAGCGGCAUACGUCACUGUCACGUGAGAGGGCCUACCGCGAAACGCGAAACUCGAAAUUUCGUUAUCUGCUACUCUAUCCUCUUAUUCGAGCGACAACGAAAUUUUGGGUUUCGUGCUUCACGGUAGGCCUCCAGAUGUCACUACCGAUUUGUUUGAGAUUGCGAUUGUCGUUGCUGCAUCCCUGCAGUGAUUAGAGCUCAAUGCGCCACUAAUUUUGUCAAAGAGAGUGACAGUAAAAUCGCCAGUUUCUCGCUGCUGCAAUGCUGCAGUAGUAAUACUGUUGCAGUCGCGAUUAGAAUGUAAUCUUAAAAGAGACUGCCGCCUAACGCAGUCUGGCUCAACCACUUUCUGGCCCCCCAUGAAGAAAGUUUGCCCACCACUGGUCUAACCUAACUUUGCACCGACUUGCGACUUGAACAGGACAAAGUGUAUUAUUAAACGUCAUACAAAUUUGAUAUUAUUGAUAAUACUGCCAUAUUUUGGGGUCCAUAUUGGGUUGCAUACAAGUUUAGGUCAUAUCUUUGAUGCGCAUAACAACUUGUGUCAUAAUCAUCAUUGCGCAUACAAAUUAAAAGUCAUAUUAUUAUGCGUCAUACAUUUUUAGCCAUAAUAUUUGAUGACAUACUCAGCAGUUGUCAUAUAUUUUUUGUGCAUAUAGGUUUUGAUUAUAAUGAAUCAAAAUAAAUGUCAUACCAGCUAAAAGCAUAGUUAUCGAUACUUAUAAUGUUUCUACGUAUAACGUUUUGUAGCAUAAUAAUUUUCAACCAUAAUGGUUUACAUAAAUAAUUUAAGUAACUAAUUUU